UUUUUUUGGCAUAGCAUAGUCGGAUUGCUCUUCGUAUUUAUCUCACGCACAGCUCAAGUUCACUUAAAUAUAUUAUCAUAUAGAGAUAGAACAUUUUUACGUAAAUUAUGCAAUGUUUAUCAUCCUAUAUAGUUAAUAUUUAGUAGCCUUUUGUAAUCAGACAAUAACAUUAGCUAAUCAUAUACAGGGUAUCCAGCUAGUUGAGUUGCUUUGAACAUGUUGCUCUCUCCCCUCUCAACGUCUAGACUUUUCACUUCUAUCUUAAAUUAUGUUGCAUACUUUCAGGUUGUUUAAUGAUUUCCAAGUCUUUAAGGGGCAUCGCAGGCUAUAAACAAAAUGCAACAGAUGUUCGAAUUGUCAGCUAUUUACAUUGUCCAUUCAUAGUGUUUGACAGGUAAUAAAAAAAACUCCAGUGCAGCUAACGGUUACUCGUUUAAAGCUUACAUUUAGUGUUGGACAACGUGAGGCAAUAAAAAAGCAUGCGAAUGAACAUAAAUUGAUGCAUGUUGCAAAGGGAAAACAAUGCUGAAAUGUCAGUGGAAUCCGAGGACACAGCUGUUAGCUGUUGGCUGGGCGCUUUCUGGCUGGCUGGGAUCGUAAUUAAAGCAAACUUGGCCCAACGAAGAGAAAUGUUUGCAGUCAACGAGCAACAACAACAACAACAGCGGCAACAGUAAGGAGCAUGGCACAAACUGUGGCAUCUGCUGUAAUUUUUCAGUGCAGCACACUUGACUUUUAUUUGAACUUGCAUAGAUACAUAUGUGUCUGACUGUGUCUGAGUGUGUGUGAAAAAGGCAGAGUUAGGGCACUCCUGUCUCCACUUAGACUGCAGUCAAGUAGCGCACUGCCAUUUGGGCCACACUUUUGGUUACCUUUGUAAAAGUUUCUUCAGUGCUUUGUUUUUUUUUUUUUUGUUUUUUUUUUUUUUUUUUUUUUUUGUCAGGGCAAGUUGCCAAAUUGGCUUAAUGGCGUUAAUGCGAAUACGAGCUCUGACUAAACCAGCAGCCAGCAAGCUGACAUCAAAGGUCAUUAUACAGGCCAUCAGCGGCUGCAGUUGCCAAGCCAUUUUUCAGAAAAUUUUGGCCAGUUAUAUUACUCGUUGAAUGUUCAAAUGUAAAAUGCAAAAUGCAAAUGCGAAUGCGAAUGCAAAUGCAAAUGCACAUGCCAGGCACUCACAAGUUUUUCUUACCAAUUUGCAGGAAAGGUAAACAAAUGAAAUGAAAUGCGUGAAGAUUUCGCUUUAAAGCCGAUUGGCAGUGCCGCCUUGGGCACUUACUAACACCCCUUUUGUGCAGAGUAACAAGUUGACCAACACUGUUGUGUUUUACUGUUAGCAUGCCUCCAAGACUCUAAAACGCGUUAUGGCACCAUUUUCCAUUUGCUCUCAGUGCAAGGCAAGAACUCGCAAAGUUACCAAGGAUCCCAUCACGUUAAAGCGAAUUUACUUGUGCCCCAUAUGCUUCAAUGCUAAAAAUGAAGCAAAGAAUAUUGAAAAGAAAAAAAACCAAAAGAAGACAAAUCAUCAACAAGAGCAGCCAGCGCAGGACGCGGCGAGGAGAGCGGCAAAGUCAGCGACAAAACCAGCGACAAAACCAGCGACAAAACCAGCGUCAAGACCAGCGGCAAAGCCAGUGGCAAAGUCAGUGGCAAAGUUAGUGGCAAAGCCAGUGGCAAAGGUAGUGGCAAAGUUAGUGAGGCAGUCAGUGGCGAAGCACCAGCCCAAGGCGCAGUUCGCGCAUAUUGCACCACCAAGACUACCCCAAGCAGCGGGCAGAGCUGUCCCAGUCAGCAGUCGAAAAUAUACGCCGCCCGUAAUGCAGACUGUGAUCAUAAGUGGACGAAAGUAUAUUGCGAUUAGUGCGACAGCCUCCGACUGUUAGAGAAGUAAACAAAGCCGGCGGGUUUGUGUCUCUGCUAUGGUGCAUAUCCACACUAAUCGCACAUCGAGAGUAUUUGCCUCAAAUGCAAAUAUUUACACAAUGUAAUAUAUCGCAAAACCACACACAUCUAUAUUUAUAUAAUACAAUUUCAU